AUGCGAAACAACCAGGCAGACAACACCCAACGGCAAAAACUCGGCCUGGAGAGAAAGAGGCAGCGGCAGCGACGCGUCUGGGGGCUUACAAUUGCGGUCGCAACACUAGUGGCGCUUCGACACAGGGGCACAAAUUUACACCACAAAAAAUAA